AUGAAGCCGAACCCCGCAGAGACAUCGCAACUUAAAACACAAAUUGCUGCAGAGUACAUUCGUCAAGGGGAUUUAGAUUUAGCAAAGCGAGCACUUGAUGAAGCUAUAGAUCGUGACUCAAGUAAUGCUCUUGCAAAGAUGAUGAUGGCAGUUACUUACCAAAUUGAUGGCGGGGCUAAAAACCAAAAGCUCGCUGAUGAAUAUUAUCAACGUGCUGUUAGUACCGACCCCAAGGAACCACAGAUCCGGAACAAUUAUGGGCAGUUCCUUUUCACAUUAGGCCGUUAUGAAGAAGCCGCGCAGCAGUUCGAAAUCGCAGGCGAUACUAUUGAAUAUACAAACCGUGGCUUUGCCUAUGCGAACUUAGGUCAGUCUUAUGUAAAGCUUAAUCGAAUGGAUGAUGCCAAAACUGCUUUCCUCCGUGCUUUACGCAUAGACAAGAAAAACCCCUCUGCGACCCUUGGCUUGGCAGGACUAUAUUACAGCCAAGGUGCCUUUGACCAAGCUUUUGAUAUCUACCGCAACUAUAUGGAAAUUGCUGAUGCAAAUACUGUGACUGAGACUGGGUUAAUCGUUGGUAUUCGUAUUCUAAGUAAAACUGGCGAUCACAUUGAAAUGAAGAAUUUGGGUGGGCUACUCCUGCAGAAAUACCCAAACUCUAUAGAAGCAUCGGAAUACCGAGCAAAGUAUAAACGUUGA